ACCCACUGGAAUCCAAUAAACACCGGCCGUGCCACGUUCCGUGGUCGGCGGGCAACCGGCGCUCCUCCGACCGACCAGACGCCACCGUCCUCCGAUCCGACGGACGCCACGUGAUCUCCAACCAGCGGCGCGGACGGCGAUCUCACAUGGCGCGCACACACUAGUCUAGCCACGCUACCGGACGAGGCACCUUAUCUAUCGUCUGACUCCGCCACGACGCCAGCGCCCGUCGAACCUUCUCCCGCUGCGAGAGUGCGCGCUCCAGCGCCAUGGCCAUGAGCGCGGCCACCGCCGCCACGCUCCUCCCGAGGUCCAGCACCGGCACGCACCGCCUCGCCUCCUCCUACCCCUCCUCGUCGGCAGCUCACGGGAGGAGCCGCCUCCUCCCCGUCAGAUGCCAGUUGCCCGGAGUUGACAAAACCACCAAGCCUAAGAGGAACUUGUUUGACAACGCCAGCAACCUUCUCACCAAUUUGCUCGCUGGCAGCAACCUCAAGAAUAUGCCGGUUGCCGAAGGUGCUGUCACUGACCUGUUCGACCGGCCCCUUUUCUAUUCGCUCUAUGAUUGGUUCCUCGAGCAUGGUUCUGUCUACAAACUUGCUUUUGGACCCAAAUCAUUUGUUGUCGUCUCUGAUCCAAUUGUUGCUAGAUACAUCUUGCGAGAAAAUGCUUUCUCUUAUGAUAAGGGAGUUCUCGCUGAAAUUCUAGAACCAAUAAUGGGGAAGGGUCUUAUACCUGCUGACCUUGAUACCUGGAAGCAAAGGAGAAAAGUUAUAACUCCUGGGUUCCAUGCCUUAUUCAUAGAAGCUAUGGUGAGAGUAUUUACCAAAUGUUCAGAGAGAACCAUAUUGAAACUUGAAGCACUUAUUGAAAAGGGGGACCAUGGUGACAAAUCUACCAUAGUGAACCUUGAAGAGGAAUUCUCCAAUUUGGCUCUCGACAUAAUUGGCUUGGGAGUGUUCAAUUUUGAUUUUGACUCUGUUAAUAAGGAAUCUCCUGUAAUCAAGGCAGUAUAUGGUACUCUUUUUGAAGCUGAGCAUCGAUCCACCUUUUACAUCCCUUACUGGAAUCUUCCUUUAACUCAAUGGAUAGUGCCAAGACAGCGGAAGUUCCGCAGUGACCUCAAGGUUAUCAAUGAUUGCCUUGAUGAUCUUAUUAAAAAUGCAAAAGAAACAAGACAGGAAGCUGAUGUGGAAAAACUUCAGCAGAGAGACUACUCAUCGUUGAAGGAUGCCAGCUUGCUGAGGUUCCUUGUUGACAUGCGGGGAGCUGAUGUUGACGACCGCCAGCUUCGAGAUGAUCUUAUGACAAUGCUUAUCGCCGGACAUGAAACAACUGCAGCUGUUCUCACAUGGUCUAUUUUUCUGCUGGCCCAGAAUCCCACGAAGAUGAGAAAAGCCCAGGCAGAGAUUGAUUCUGUCCUAAUCGAUGGGGCAAUCACUGCAGAAAAGCUCAAGAAAUUGGAGUACAUAAGAUUAAUCAUUGUUGAAGCUCUUCGCUUGUAUCCUCAACCACCAUUGUUAAUCAGGCGUUCUCUCCGGCCUGAUAAAUUGCCAGGUGGGUACAAUGGAGCGAAAGAGGGAUACGAAAUACCAGCAGGAACCGAUAUAUUUCUUUCGAUAUACAAUCUCCAUAGGUCCCCAUACUUUUGGGAUAGUCCAAAUGAGUUUGAACCCGAGAGGUUUACAGUUCCAAAGAAGGAUGAGAACAUAGAAGGGUGGGCUGGGUUUGAUCCUGACCGGAGUCCUGGCGCGAUGUAUCCCAACGAGAUUAUAGCAGACUUUGCUUUCCUCCCCUUCGGCGGAGGACCACGCAAAUGCGUGGGAGACCAAUUCGCGCUCCUGGAGUCAACAGUGGCCUUGGCCCUGUUAUUGCAAAAGUUUGACGUAGAGCUGCGAGGCUCGCCCGAUGAAGUAGAGAUGGUGACGGGCGCGACGAUUCACACAAAGAACGGGUUGUGGUGCAGGCUGAGGAAAAGGACUUGAUCAGCGGGCAUAACUUUGCACCAAAAAGCUUUGCUUAUUGUUGACUUCUCGCGUCGUCUGCAUGCUUUAGCUGGGUAAAGCAGGUUCAUGUACAUGGUUAUAUCUCUUGGGAGCUUUAGGGGCAUCGAUUCUGUGCACAACCAUCAUCUGAAACAUAUGGCUGCAAAUGCUGGGUUCUGUGUGCAUGCAUGCAUCUAAACAGAAUCACAGUAGCACACUCCAUGCCAAAUUGACCAGAUUAUUGUGAUGGAGAUGCCUCACCCAGGUGUCCGGUUUCUUGUGAACCCAGAUCACCUGAUCUGUGCCAUGGCGACAUGCGAUUGGAUGCCUCUUGGCAUGGAAGCAGAGGUAGGUAUCAGUCAUCGCUGUUGUGCCGUGUUGCGGUGGGAUGCAUACUGUGCAGGAAACAAGAAGCCCACAGAAUUAAAUUCAAAACAAAAUCGAUGCAGAUAGCGAUUGGGGCAAGUAAGCUACUCCCUACUUCUUUUCAGCCAUUGAUGCCUUGAUGUUUUGUACUAUUCCACAUUUUUUAAUCAUUAUUAUAUAUACGAUAUUCCAUA